AUGAAAUUCUACAUUCAGGCCUACUCUCAUACCACACCGUUGUUGCCGUUGCGUCGUGAAAACGGCCGAAUUACCAUAUCCUCUGAUAUCUGCCUCCGCGAUUCUACUGCCGAAAAUAUUUUCCUACCGUCUGCAUCGCAGAAGACCACGAGCAAACCAUUGUGCAGCGUGAUCAGUGGAUUUCAGUUGCACUCAGUUCUGAUAAUCUUUGUGAGGACCUUUGGUGCAAUUCAUAAACACGAACACAAUAAACAAAUACGUUAA